CGCGUUGAUAGUGUCCCGGAACACGCGGUCCUGAGAGUCGAUACUCUAACCGGCCUCAUAUCACCCUUAGUGUAGUCGUAGUGGAGCAGAAAUAGAGCCGUUCGAGUGCGUCAUGGAACAACAGAAUCAAGAAAUGGUCGUCACAGGCAGUCCUGCAGAGGUCCCCAACGAUCCGGGAAAAAUGUUCAUCGGAGGAUUGAGCUGGCAAACUAGUCCAGGUAAGAUCGGUGUUGUCACAGUGUUUUGGACCGUGCGAGGUGUAAAUAGUGUAGUGAUAAGACCAGAACUUUAUUGAGCCUUUCCUGUGUGUCUACAGCCUAGCUCUAAUACCAUUAUCUGAACUGUCUGAAGGUUAAAAUCCAGCCGGCCGGCAAAUAGCUGUCUUCAAUGUUGCAACCUCACUCAGGAAUGAACGUUUCUAUCUGAUAAUGUAUCAGUAUUUUAACAAUCACGUGUCUGUUAUUUGUUAUUGAUGUUCAUAAACUCAAAAACAAACAUUAGUCGAUUCUUAUCGGGAUAUUUCCUUAAAAAGAUGCAUCGCCUUGUUUUGAUUACAUCUCAAAGUUCAUUAUUCGAAUUUUGUGGAUAUUUCUCCUAGGAGCAUGCGCGUACUCUCAACGUCGUAGGCAAAGGG